AGGGACCAAUCACAAUCGUUUGUGAUUAUUGGGUUAAAAAAUGAAUUUGCAUUUGAAGGAAAUUAUCAAGACGAAUUCCUUUUUGUAGAACGGUUCUCAUGGAAGAUUACCGUGAAAAAUAACAGGAAUAGAGUUAUUCGGGAGAAUUAACGAUAAACGAAAGUUCCACAAGAGUUAACUAAACGAAAAGGUGGCGGGAAAUGGGUGUGUAAACACAGGAGACUCCCGGGAAAAAACCGGGAGUGUUGGCAAAUAUGCUGAUAACAAUAAAGCAUCUUGUCACGUUUGUAAUAGUGAAACAUAAUUUGUAACCGUUUUAUCAACACGUGUUUUUCGUACGUGUAUUGCGACGUGCGGCACGUGGACCCCGUUCAUUGGGUCAUACGUUGACUGACAGUGGCACUUGUCCAAUCACCAAAAGACACAAUAGGAUCAAGGGUCUAACGCGGAAAUCCGAAAGUGUAGCUGUAAGCCGGCAUGGAUAUAUACAACUAUAUCAAUUUGCACAACAAGCGACUUUUACGCGAGAGACUACGUUUUGAUUCAUGAUAUUUUAACCAGCUGGUGCAAGACAUGAAUCUUUAACUAAAGAUAGUACAUUUGUGUAAGAAACAUGGCAUUCAUUUGUAGUGUUUCUCAGAUGUUCUGUAUUCUUUUGGCAUUACCGCUUGGGUCGGUGUUUACAAAGGACUUUAAAGCGUUAUGCACAACAUGCAGACAAAUAACCCAAAAUUUUGACGAGGGGUUGGAAAAAACCGUAAAGCAAAAUUUUGGUGGUGGAAACACAGCAUGGGAAGAAAGAAAACUCUCUAAAUAUGAAUCAAGUGAGAUUCGGCUAAUGGAGAUACUGGAGGGCUUGUGUGACAGUAGCAGUUUUGAGUGCAACCACAUGGUUGAAGAACACGAAGAACACUUCGAGACCUGGUGGUUUAAGAGGAAAGCAAAACACCCAGAUCUGUUUAAGUGGUUUUGUAUAGACACCAUUAAAAUGUGUUGCCCUAAAGGCUCCUUCGGCCCUGACUGCAACACUUGCAUUGGAGGAUUGGAACGACCAUGUCAUGGUAAUGGAAAAUGUGAUGGAGAUGGAACUAGGGAUGGAAGUGGGAAGUGCAGUUGUGAUAAGGGUUAUGAAGGAGAGUUUUGUUUGGACUGCAGUGAUGGAUUUUUUAGUGAACUGAGAAAUGAUACCUUCUCCCUGUGCAAAGAGUGUCAUGAGUCUUGUGUUGGCUGCUUUGGAGGUACCAGAAAAGAUUGUAAGGAUUGUAGGAAGGAAUGGGAGAAGGACCAAGAAGGUGCAUGUAUUGACAUCAAUGAAUGUUCGAAAGAUCCACUGCAAUGUAAGGAUGAUCAAUACUGCCUGAACACAGACGGUUCUUUUUCAUGUAAAGCCUGUAAUACAAAGUGCUCUGGCUGUAAAGGACCUGGUGCUGAUAGCUGCCUCACAUGUGCUGUCGGCUAUAAGGAUGAAGGAGGCACCUGCACAGAUGUGAAUGAAUGCGAGCAAUCAGAGGCAGUAUGUAUUAAAGAACACCAGGAGUGUUUUAACACAGAAGGAAGCUUUACGUGCCAAUGUACCACUGGUUUUCAAGAGCAAGAUGGUGUGUGUGUGAAACAGCAAGAACAAGCAGAAGAAAAUCAGGACGUGCCUGCAAUUAAUUCUGAAGAUUCCCAAACUCCUGAUUCACCAGAAAAACACGAGGAUCUCUGACGCUGGUUUGGAUGCAAAAGACAACCACCAGGGGGCCAUACCAACCUUCAAGAGCACUAGUAUCUGCUGUAGAUUAGACCGCUAAUAAAAUUAAGAAUAAUUUGCAUUUACAGUACAUGCUCCACAACCUGUACUCUGUGAUUAAGUAACUUAUAUGUUUGGGGUGUGCGCGCGCAUGUGUUUUUUUUUUUUAAUAAAGUAAAAUAAAAUCUAA